GUCCCUACUUUUUUUGCUCUCCCCCAGACAUCACUGUCUCAGUAAUGCUCUUUCGCUCUGAUUCCCGGAAAUUUGUCUUUCAUUUUCCCUCAUGAGUAGGGUUUCACUCUCUUCUUUGUCUCUUUACAAAGUGCCCCUGAUGCCUCUCUCCCUUGGUCCGAGAGAGAGAGAGUCCUAAGUGCACCGAAUCGCCCCUAUUCUUUCCUUCUUCUUGAAGCUCAGCUGCCAAGUGUUCCGUGAUUUUGCGUUUAUUCUCACUUGGUUCCCCUUUUUUCCUCCUCCUUUUCCUAUUUUCACCGGAAUCUUGUUGAAAAGGGAAAGCUCUUGGGUUCAGCGUCCCAACCAAAGUAGCUUACUUGCUUCCAUGUCGUUUCUUCAUCGAGCUUUGCAAACAUUGUGAGGUUCGUCCUUAGUUGGCGAGUUUAUUUCCUCUCAUUUCUUGAGACUUUAUCUGCUAUUGAGGGAAACAAACUGCCGCAGUUGGUUUGUUGGAAUGCUGUGAGUAAAGUAGCUGGCGUUUAGCUUGUGAAACGAUAACUUCAUGCUCGAUUUUGAAGCUAUUUGAUAUAUUCUUACAUAAAGCGAGUGAGCUUCUGUACAGAUUUGUACAAAACGUCUUCAACUAAUAACGGCGGUUACAUGUAUUAAAAUUACUGACUUUCUGUAGGGUUAAUACAGCUAAUUCUGCUACUACCAUUUACCAGCCAAGAAUCCUCUGGAGUUCCUAUCGAGCACCCUUCAUUCUUCCUGCUUUCUAUGCUCUCUACUCUUCUCGCUCUUUAGAGCAAGUAGCUAUACAAUUUCCCCCUCAUCUUUGAUUCAGAUAUUGUUGUUUUGGGAGGAUGGCAAUGGCUGUUGCUCACCACAGAGAAAGCAGCAGCGGGAGCAUCAGCAAGCACCUUGAUUCCGGCAAGUAUGUCCGGUACACGGCGGAGCAGGUCGAAGCGCUCGAACGCGUUUACGCCGAGUGCCCGAAGCCCAGUUCCUUGCGAAGGCAGCAACUGAUCCGAGAGUGCCCCAUUCUUGCCAACAUCGAACCCAAGCAGAUCAAAGUUUGGUUCCAAAAUCGCAGGUGUCGAGAGAAGCAGAGAAAGGAGUCAGGGCGGCUUCAGACUGUUAACAGAAAACUGUCUGCGAUGAACAAGUUGUUGAUGGAGGAAAAUGAGCGCUUGCAAAAGCAGGUUUCCCAACUAGUAUGCGAAAAUGGGUUUAUGAGGCAGCAAUUACAUAGUGCGUCGGCAGCAACUACUGAUGCAAGUUGCGAUUCGGUUGUCACCACACCUCAGCACUCCUUAAGAGAUGCCAAUAACCCUGCUGGACUCCUAUCAAUUGCUGAGGAGACCUUGGCAGAGUUCCUUUCAAAGGCUACCGGAACUGCUGUCGAUUGGGUCCAGAUGCCUGGGAUGAAGCCUGGUCCGGAUUCGGUUGGGAUCUUUGCCAUUUCGCGAAGCUGCAGUGGAGUGGCAGCUCGAGCAUGCGGUCUUGUUAGUUUAGAACCUACGAAGAUUGCUGAGAUCCUAAAAGAUCGUCCAUCUUGGUUCCGGGACUGCCGGAGUCUAGAAGUUUUUACAAUGUUCCCUGCCGGCAAUGGUGGGACAAUUGAACUUGUGUACACACAGACAUAUGCUCCAACUACAUUGGCUCCUGCCCGGGAUUUCUGGACUUUAAGAUACGCUACAAGUUUGGACAAUGGAAGUCUUGUGGUUUGUGAGAGAUCGCUGUCAGGUUCAGGUGCUGGCCCUAAUGCAGCGGCUGCUGCUCAGUUUGUGAGAGCUGAAAUGCUCCCAAGCGGCUACCUGAUUCGACCAUGUGAAGGUGGAGGAUCAAUCAUCCAUAUUGUAGACCAUUUAAAUCUCGAGGCAUGGAGUGUGCCGGAGGUUCUUAGGCCACUUUAUGAAUCAUCAAAAGUGGUUGCUCAGAAAAUGACAAUUGCAGCGCUACGCUAUAUUAGGCAAAUAGCUCAGGAGACAAGUGGUGAAGUGGUUUAUGGUUUAGGUAGGCAGCCUGCGGUUCUGCGAACUUUCAGCCAAAGGCUGAGCAGAGGCUUCAAUGAUGCUGUCAAUGGAUUUAAUGAUGGGGGCUGGUCCAUAAUGAACUGUGAUGCUGCUGAGGAUGUGAUUAUUGCAGUGAACUCAGCCAAGAAUCUGAAUGCCACUUCUAAUCCUGCAAGUUCUCUAACAUUCCUUGGAGGAGUUCUCUGUGCAAAAGCUUCCAUGCUGCUGCAGAAUGUCCCUCCGGCAGUUUUGGUUCGGUUUUUGAGGGAGCAUCGCUCUGAGUGGGCUGAUUUCAAUGUUGAUGCGUACUCUGCUGCAUCACUUAAAGCAGGCUCCUUUGCCUAUCCUGGCAUGAGGUCAACUAGAUUCACUGGAAGUCAGAUUAUCAUGCCUCUCGGACAAACGAUUGAACAUGAAGAGAUGCUUGAAGUUGUUCGUCUUGAAGGCCACUCUAUAGCACAGGAAGAUGUUUUUGCUUCUAGGGACAUUCAUCUCUUACAGAUGUGUAGUGGGAUUGAUGAAAGUGCUGUUGGGGCAUGUUCUGAGCUCGUGUUUGCUUCAAUUGAUGAAAUGUUUCCUGAUGAUGCUCCAUUGUUGCCAUCGGGUUUCCGCAUCAUCCCAUUGGAUUCAAAAUCAGGGGAUAAGAAGGAUGCAGUAUCUGUAAAUCGGACCCUAGACUUGGCAUCUGGUCUUGAUGUGGGCCCAGCAUCGAAUCAUGCUGCUGAAGAUGCAUCAUCAUGUCAUAAUACUCGGUCAGUGUUGACUAUUGCUUUCCAGUUUCCUUUUGAGAGCAGCUUGCAGGAAAAUGUUGCAAUCAUGGCACGGCAGUAUGUACGCAGUGUGAUUUCAUCUGUGCAGAGGGUUGCCAUGGCUAUAUCUCCAUCUGGUAUGAGCCCGCCUGUGGGACCAAAACUCAAUCCUGGCUCCCCUGAGGCGAUUACUCUAGCUAACUGGAUAUGCCAGAGUUAUAGUUUCUAUCUGGGAGCAGAAUUAGUUAGAUCUGAUUCUCUUGUCGGUGAUUUAUUGCUGAAACAUUUGUGGCAUCAUCAGGAUGCCAUUUUGUGUUGUUCAGUGAGGUCCUUGCCUGUGUUCAUCUUUGCAAAUCAGGCAGGGCUUGACAUGCUGGAGACAACUCUAGUAGCUUUGCAAGAUAUCACAUUGGAUAAAAUAUUUGACGACUCUGGACGCAGGGCAUUGUGUACAGAAUUUGCCAAGUUGAUGCAGGAGGGGUUCGCUCAUCUGCCUGCCGGAAUUUGCAUGUCCAUGAUGGGACGGCAUGUUUCGUACGAGCAAGCCCUCGCAUGGAAGGUUUUUGCGGAAGAUAGCAGUGUUCAUUGCCUAGCUUUCUCUUUCAUCAAUUGGUCAUUUGUAUGAAUCUGCAGUGUCUCUUUUUAUAUUCAUCUGUAAUUUUUGUUGUCUUUUUUAAUUACAUGAAAUUUUUUCAAACCGUUUCCCUUGCAAGAAGGAUUGUUGUAGUUAUGUGUAUACAUAAAAUCUUAUUUCUCCACCCAUUCA